CUUAUCACUGUUCUUGUGUAACCUGUUGCAUAAAGUGGGGUGGGGUGGAGGGUACUGCCAGCAGUGGGGGCUAUAAAGGUUGGUGCGGGGAAAGGCAGCACCGUGCAGCCUCUCCUGCAGCAUCCAGACCCCAAAGCAAGGAUGACAGCGGUGCUGCCGAGCCUGGUGCUGACCCUGCUCUGCGUGCUGCGGGCAGGGGCUGAGGUCCCUGUGCAGCUGGACUUUGACACCAAGAAGUUUGCAGGGAUGUGGCACCUCAUGGCUGCUGUUUCCAACUGCCCUGUGUUCCUGAGCAUGAAGGACAAGAUGACAUCAUCUGUCACCACCAUCGGCUUCACACCAGAGGGACACAUGACCAUGGAGACUGUCAUCCCGCUGCCAGAAGUAUGCAAGAUGAUUACGAUGCUGUUCCAGCGCGGCAGGCAGGCAGGGCACUACAUCGGCACAGAAAAGGGAGAGAAGAGGGAUCUACGCGUGAUGGACACAGACUAUGAGCACUACGCCAUCGUGUACUCCCAGCAGGAAGACAGCCAGAAGUCCAGCACCAUGCUGCAGCUCUACACAAGGAAUCAGGACAUGAGCCCACAGCUCCUGCAGAAGUUCAAGGAGCUCUUCCACUCCAUGGGCCUGACUCAGGACAUGCUGGCCGUGCUGCCGCACUCGGAUCGAUGCACCAAGACUCGCAGGUGAGCGCAGGCAAGGAUGUGCAGCCCCCCAAGUGCCUGCUGACCCCCAUCCGUCUGUCCGUCCAUCUGUCUUGCCUCCCUGCAUCCGAGGGACUGACACAGGGCUAUGUGUCCCUGGGAUCUGGCUCAGAGCCCACUCCAUGCUGCCCCUUCCCACCCCUCCCAGUCCUGCUGCUCCAUGCUGGGAGCACACCUCUCCCGUUGAAAUAAACCAGUGCAGAAGCUG